AUGCAAUGUCAUACCCAUCCCAGAGCUCUAUCAAGCUCCUUAGACCUUACAAUACACUCGUGCAGUCCACUUUGUUUGGAUCUCAGUACCUUGUUGAUUCGCUUACCAUAUGACCCCUUCUCAGCUCAUGCAGGACCUGUUCCAUCAAUGCAUCAUGUUGAAAAGAUUAGACGUCCUCGCUCGACUGUUUCUAAGGUUGACCUUUUGGCAAACGCAACAGUUUCUGUUCCAGACCGUCACCUUAGUCGUUUCAUACUCCAGAUGGCCUUCUGGCUGGCAGAAAAGAAGUUGGAAUACAGCCUGUCGAACGGCGACCUCUACCAGAACUUAAUCACUCAACGCAAUGUACCGCUACUCGCUCUCUUUGAUAUCCUCUGUCGGUCCGCACAACUCACAAUGCCUAGUAUGUUAUUUCCAAGAUCUAGAGAGGGCAUUGAAUACAGCGCUCUAAUGGCAAUGAUUACGGAGAAUCGGCAGUUAAAUAACACGUCUGCUACACCAACUACACUAGGCCAUGGACAAGGGCACGGGAUAAGCUGCUCACCGGCGUCAAUACAGCUUUGCCUGGAUCGGCAUCUACCAGCGGCUUUGAGGAGUCUAGACGAAGACGAAUAA